ACGCAUCAUCAAACUGUAUUAUACGGUAACCUCGACUGACUUGAAUCAGUUCUCACACAAAGUCCUCGCGAACAGACCUUAUUGCACAGUUACAAUAUUCAUUUGGACUGUGUUGGCAUACGUGUAAUGGAGUAGACAGAUGACCAAUUAGGUGACGCGAUUUGUACAGCCAUCACCAAAGGCAGUGACCUGAGUUGUUCACAUCUACAAUAAGCAGUGUUGAAGUUGCCACUCCCAAUCUUGUUCUUCAUUUCAUUAUUUCAUAUAUACUUUUACCACCAAGACCUCUCUGUAUAAAUAAAGAUCACAAUGGAAAAUGUGGUAAUAAGGGAGGCAAGGAGAGAAGACUGCAAGGAACUUAGAAGAUUGAUACAGGAGCUUGCUGACUUUGAACAGAUGCCAGAUGACUGCAAGUUGACAGUAGAGGGACUGGAGCGUGAUGGCUUUGAUGCAGUGCCACCACUGUUUCACUGUUAUGUUGCAGAAGUCAGUACGCACGUGAAGGAUAUCAGUGCAACCAAAGAAGAAAAUGUUUCAGAUGUAUUGAAAAUGGGAGACAGCUGUGCAAAGCUUAUUGGACAUGCUUUGUAUUUCUUUUCCUAUUCCUCUCAAAGGGGACGUACAAUUUACUUAGAGGAUAUUUAUGUUACACCUGAGUACAGGGGAUCAAAGCUUGGUUCAGCUCUUUUUGAUAAGGUGGCAAAGAAAGGAAUUGAGACUGGAUGUGUUCAAAUGGACCUUGUUGUACUCAAUUGGAAUCCAGCUCAAAUAUUUUACAAACGAAAAGGAGCAACGGACAUCACUUCUGAGAAAAACUUCAAUUACUACAGUAUUGACAGAGAUGCUAUGGAGCACCUGCUUGCCUACAAGUACAAACAUAGACUAGUGGACACAAAAUCUGUUAAUUUGUGAAGUCACUGUUAUUAGUAGCUGUUCUUAUUAGUUUCUUAAGUGAUUAAUUUUCAGUGUGGAUGAAAAUCAGGACUGUUAUUAAAAAGUAAAGAAAGGUACUUUGUAAUUCUGCAUGUUAUUUAGUUUCUUAAAGUAACUUACAAAGAAAAAAUAUUUUUAUGAAAUACUCUUUUUGUUCAAUUGUGUUCCAUUAGUCUUGUUGGAUUGUUGUAAAGUACUUUUAUUAAUGUUAACAGUGAGGUAUUAUACUACAAUGCAAAAUAUGAAUUUACUUGAUCAAAGGAUUAAAUAAAUAAUCAGUAAAAAUGCUAUGUGGCCCUUUGUUUCUAUAAUUAUUUAGUUUUGCGACUUAAGUGGCAAAAAAAAGUUUUUUUUGCAUAUAAUAAAGUUUCACCAAGUAUCCACAGAGAAUUCACAGUAAUAAAUAAUAAUUUAUUAGUGGAGAUUCUUGGAUGGAGGAAUACAUAAAAUAAGGGAAAGGUAACCACUCACCCAUAGUGGAUCAAUGCAUGGAGCACAGUAACACAUAACAGAAAACAGCAUUCACACUAGCUUUCGAGCUAGCUCUUAACCCUAGCAGUAGUACACAAAUGCACACAUGCCAGCACACAGACAUCCAAACACACUUUCCUGUGACCAUGGCAAGAGUCUUGCUCCUUCAUAUCCAGCUGCUAAGAACUGAGCAAACAAACCUAAAUCAGCUGUAUUCCAUACUUACUCUGCACCAAUUCUGACCUAGCAAGUGGAACUCAUACCCUCUUACGUAAAAGACAA